CUUAACGCAGUUUAAAUAUUUUUUUUGAAAGGUAAAUCUGCCCCUAAUUAAAUCUUUGCUGAAGAUGAGAGACCAAAGAGAAGCUAUAAAGAUAAAAAACCAGGGAACGAAUUAAAAACUUUUUCUUUCUUUUCUUUUCCUAUAAAUCCCCCCUUCUCUCUUUCUUACUUUUUCCUUUCUUCAUAAUAAAGGCACCACUACUGAGGGAAUAGGAUGGCAACCAAGAGAAAUACCAGCAAUGAAUCAGCAAAUAAGCUUAAUAUCGAUGAAGCCAUAGCUAGAAACUGGGAAUUACCCGAAUUUACAAUCAAAGAAAUCCGUGAUGCCAUUCCUGCUCAUUGUUUCCGUCGAGAUACCUUUAGAUCAUUUACCUAUGUCAUCCAUGACUUUGCCUUUAUUGCUGCUUUGGCUUAUGCUGCAUCUUAUAUUGAUCAAGUGCAAUCUACAGCUCUUCGCAUGAUUUUAUGGCCUCUGUAUUGGAUUGCUCAAGGCAUUGUUGGAACAGGUGUAUGGGUUAUUGGUCAUGAAUGCGGUCAUCAAGCUUUCAGUCCUUCAAAGACAAUCAACAACAGUGUUGGCUAUGUUCUUCACACAUUAUUACUCGUUCCUUAUCACUCUUGGAGAUUCUCUCAUUCUAGACAUCACAAAGCUACUGGCCAUAUGACAAAGGAUCAAGUUUUCCUUCCAAAGACCCGUACUAAAGUUGGUUUGCCACCUCGUGAUAAAGACCCUCACCCAGAUGGUCCCCAUGAUGCCCUUGAUGAAGCCCCUAUUGUUGUAUUCUACCGCAUGUUUGUCAUGUUUGUGUUUGGCUGGCCCGCAUAUCUCUUCAUCAAUGCCACUGGUCAAAACUAUCCUGGUUGGGCCUCCCAUUUCAACCCUUCAUGUGCUAUCUUUGAUGAAACUCAAUACUGGGAUGUUGUAAGCUCAAACAUUGGUGUCCUUUCCAUGGUCGGUUUCUUGGGCUAUUGUGGUCAGAUCUUUGGUUCUCUUAAUGUCAUCAAAUAUUACGUUAUUCCCUACUUGUUUGUCAACUUUUGGUUGGUCUUGAUCACUUAUUUACAACACACUGACCCCAGAUUGCCUCAUUACCGCGAGAAUGUCUGGAACUUCCAACGUGGUGCCGCCUUGACUGUUGAUCGCUCAUUUGGUACCAUUAUCGACUAUUUCCAUCAUCAUAUCGCUGAUACUCAUGUUGCUCAUCAUUUCUUCUCUACAAUGCCUCAUUAUCACGCCGAAGAAGCUACUGCUCAUAUCAAGAAAGCUCUUGGUAAGCACUACCAAUGUGAUUAUACACCUAUCCCUAUUGCUCUUUGGAAGGUCUGGAAGAGCUGUAGAUUUGUUGAAGAGGAAGGAGAUGUUGUCUUUUACAAGAACUAGAUUCUCUCCUUUUCACUUUUCUUCAUACUGAUAUAUGCAUAAUCUUUUUUUUUUUUCAUUUUCUUAUUUGUACACUUGUAAAAAUAAACAGCAUAAAUCAAAACUUUAAUAUAAAGCGUC